AGUCUCGCGCGGGAAGAACCGGCACGCGCGGUCGCCCCGGCAGUCCCCAGCCCUCGGCGCUGCGGGUUUCAGCCCCGCCGGGCCGCUCGGUUUCGGCAGACCAUGGGAUCUUGUCGGGGGCGUCGCGGGGGAGCGGCCUGAGGGGAGCGCGCGGCCGCCGUUUCCCUUGCGCGCCUACACGCGCCGCCCGAGGUCCCGCUUGCCAGCCAGCGGGCCCACGUCGCACCUGUCACUCCCCGCCCGGCCGCGUGGGCAGCUUGGGAUUCCCGGGGCCGGGCCCCCAGGCUCCGCGCGCUCACCCCUCAGGUCUUCUCCGGGUUGAGCCACGGCCCAGUUUCUCCGUGCUUCGGGAAACUUUGGGCAGCGAGCGGCCGCAGAAGCAGGUUGCUGAUGAAACGAGUGGUGGCGGCGUAACGUGGACGCAUCUCUCCGGGGUUGAGACCGGGCCGCUCCUGCUGUCGUUCUGCACAGGGAGUUGAGCAGCAGGAGUUUUGAGUUGUGGCCCCUCGGGGACAGGCUGGGGAGCGGGUGGCCUUUGUUCCGACGACCUUAACAGCGGAAAGGAAGAGCUGGUUCCUUCACCAGCCAGCCCAUGUCUCACCCCACAGAAGGUUUUGGAGAGCACUUGUUGAGAUACGUGGAGCCGAGCGCCCACGGAGUGGUGUUCUAGAAGCGGCAGUAACGGGCCUUUAUGACGGUCUGCCCCUCACCAAGCACCUUGCAUAGACAACGGACAAGCCUAAGAUGCUGCAGUUUGUCAGCAAUCAAGUGGGAGAGUUCCCCGACUUGUUCUCAGAGCAGCUGUGCAGCUCCUUCCCGGGCGGCAGUGGAAGUGGCAGCAGCAGUGGCGGCAGCAGCAGUGGCGGGAGCAGUGGUGGCGGAGCCGGGGACCCCUCAAUGCAGCGGUCCUUCAGCCAGGUCCCGUUACCUUCCUUCUCUCCCUCGACCACCUCCCCCCAGGCUCCAGCCCUCCAAGUCAAGGCUCCCCCCACUUCGGUUCCCACGCCGCCCAGGGCGACCCCUGUUCUCCAGCCCCGCCCCCAGCCCCAGCCCCAGCCUCCUGCUCAGCUGCAGCAGCAGACAGUCAUGAUCACCCCGACCUUCAGCACCGCUCCCCAGACGAGGAUCAUCCAGCAGCCUUUGAUAUACCAGAAUGCAGCUACCAGCUUCCAAGUCCUUCAGCCUCAAGUCCAAAGCCUGGUGACGUCCUCCCAGGUGCAGCCGGUCACCAUCCAGCAGCAGGUGCAGACCGUGCAGGCGCAGCGGGUGCUGACGCAGACGGCCAGCGGCACGCUGCAGACCCUCGCCCCGGCCACGGUGCAGACAGUUGCUGCGCCCCAGGUGCAGCAGGUCCCGGUCCUGGUGCAGCCUCAGAUCAUCAAAACCGAUUCCCUUGUUUUGACCACACUGAAGACAGAUGGCAGCCCUGUCAUGGCUGCAGUCCAGAACCCAGCCCUCACUGCCCUCACCACCCCCAUCCAGACGGCUGCCCUUCAAGUACCGACCCUGGUGGGCAGCAAUGGGACCAUUCUGACCACAAUGCCUGUGAUGAUGGGGCAAGAGAAAGUGCCCAUUAAGCAGGUGCCUGGGGGGGUCAAGCAGCUCGAGCCCCCCAAAGAAGGAGAAAGGCGGACGACACACAACAUCAUUGAGAAGCGGUACCGCUCCUCCAUCAAUGACAAAAUCAUUGAGUUGAAGGACCUGGUCAUGGGAACAGAUGCCAAGAUGCACAAGUCUGGUGUUUUGAGGAAGGCCAUUGACUACAUCAAGUAUUUGCAGCAGGUCAAUCAUAAACUGCGCCAGGAGAACAUGGUGCUGAAGCUGGCAAAUCAGAAGAACAAGCUCUUGAAAGGCAUCGACCUGGGCAGCCUGGUGGACAAUGACGUGGACCUGAAGAUUGAUGACUUUAAUCAGAAUGUCCUUCUGAUGUCACCUCCGGCCUCUGACUCAGGGUCCCAGGCGGGCUUCUCCCCCUACUCCAUCGACUCUGAGCCAGGAAGCCCUCUGUUGGAUGAUGCAAAGGUCAAAGACGAGCCAGACUCUCCUCCUGUAGCGCUGGGCAUGGUGGACCGCUCGCGAAUCCUGCUGUGUGUCCUCACCUUCCUGUGCCUCUCCUUCAACCCCCUGACCGCCCUGCUGCAGUGGGGAGGGGCCCACGACGCGGACCCGCACCCACACUCAGGUUCUGGCCGCAGCGUACUGUCGCUUGAGUCAGGUUCUGGGGGCUGGUUUGACUGGAUGGUGCCCACGCUGCUCUUGUGGCUGGUAAAUGGUGUGAUCGUCCUGAGCGUCUUUGUGAAGCUGCUGGUCCACGGGGAGCCAGUGAUCCGGCCACAUUCGCGCUCCUCAGUCACCUUCUGGAGGCACCGGAAGCAGGCAGACCUGGACCUCGCCCGGGGGGAUUUUGCAGCUGCCGCUGCAAACCUGCAAACCUGCCUGUCGGUGCUGGGCCGGGCACUGCCCACCUCCCGCCUGGACCUGGCCUGCAGCCUCUCCUGGAACGUGAUUCGCUACAGCCUGCAGAAGCUGCGCCUGGUACGCUGGCUGCUCAAGAAGGUCUUCCAGCACCGGCGGGCCACCCCAGCCACCUCGGCAGGCUUUGAGGAUGAAGCCAAGAGCAGCGCCCGGGAUGCAGCCCUGGCCUAUCACAGGCUGCACCAGCUGCACAUCACAGGCAAGCUUCCAGUGGGAUCGGCCUGCUCAGACGUACACAUGGCCUUGUGCGCCGUGAACCUGGCUGAAUGUGCCGAGGAGAAGAUCCCGCCCAGCACGCUCGUUGAGAUCCAUCUGACGGCCGCCAUGGGGCUCAAGACCCGGUGCGGAGGCAAGCUGGGCUUCCUGGCCAGCUACUUCCUCAGUCGCGCCCAGAGCCUGUGUGGCCCUGAGCGCAGCGCCGUUCCUGACUCGCUGCGCUGGCUCUGCCACCCCCUGGGCCAGAAGUUCUUCAUGGAGCGGAGCUGGUCGAUGAAGGCAGCUGCCAAGGAGAGUCUGUACUGUGCCCAGAGGAACCCAGCUGACCCCAUAGCCCAGGUGCACCAGGCCUUCUGCAGGAACCUGCUGGAGCGAGCCGUGGAGUCCUUGGUGAAGCCUCAGGCCAAGAAGAAAGCUGGAGACCAGGAGGAGGAGAGCUGUGAAUUCUCCAGUGCUCUGGAGUACCUGAAAUUACUUAAUUCUUUUGUGGACUCUGUGGGGAUCGUGACGCCGCCCUUCUCCAGCAGCUCAGUGCUCAAGUCAGCCCUCGGUCCGGACGUCAUCUGUCGGUGGUGGGCGUCUGCCAUCACCAUGGCCGUCAGCUGGCUCCAGGGAGACGACGCGGCUGUGCGUGCUCACUUUACCGAAGUGGAGCGUGUCCCCAAGGCGCUGGACGUGACAGAGAGCCCUCUCGUGAAGGCUGUCUUCCACACCUGCAGAGCCAUGCACGCCUCGCUCUCCGGGAAGGCGGAUGGGCAGCAGAGUUCCUUCUGCCACUGUGAGAGGGCCAGCGGCCACCUGUGGAGCAGCCUCAAUGUCAGCGGGGCUACCUGUGACCCCACCCUCAACCAUGUGGUCCAGCUGCUGACCUGUGACCUGCUGCUGUCGCUGCGGACAGUGCUCUGGCAAAAGCAGGCAGGGGCCAGCCAGGCCCUGGGUGAGACCUACCACGCAUCAGGUGCUGAGCUGGCUGGCUUCCAGCGGGACCUGGGCAGCCUGCGCAGGCUGGCACAUGGCUUCCGCCCUGCCUACCGCAAGGUGUUUCUGCACGAAGCCACCGUGCGCCUGAUGGCAGGAGCCAGCCCCACCCGCACCCACCAGCUAUUAGAGCACAGCCUGCGACGGCGCACAGCGCAGAGCGCCAAGCACGGAGAGGUGGACGCCUGGCCCGGCCAGCGAGAGCGGGCCACCGCCAUCCUGCUGGCCUGCCGCCACCUUCCCCUCUCCUUCCUCUCCUCCCCGGGCCAGCGGGCAGUGCUGCUGGCCGAGGCCGCCCGCACCCUGGAGAAGGUGGGCGACCGGCGCUCAUGCAACGACUGCCAGCAGAUGAUCGUCAAGCUGGGGGGUGGCACCGCCAUCGCCGCCUCCUGACCACCGGGCUUUGCCCACCUCGGCCCAUCACCUCCCUCUGUCUCUUAGUCUCGCUCUCUCCCUCCUCCUUCUGUCUCUCUCUCCCUCCUCCCUCUGUCCCUCAGGCUCUCUCCCUCCUCCCUCGGUCUCUCAGCCUCUCUCCGUCCUCCCUCUGGGAGCUGUAGGAUGAGCCUUGUCUGCAGAGCUGUCACCUCCCGAGGCUCUGGGACCACCUCAGGCUAGUGGGCCCCUGGGCAGAGCCCUUGAAACUGCUGUGGAUAGAUGCCUGCAGACUGGGGCCAGUGGGCCUGGGCAAGGAAAGACAGGGUGGGGCAGCAGGGGGAGCUCCCAAGCCGCCCAGCCCCACCUCUGGGCCUCCCAGGACGUGCUUCCUCUGAACAUCAACCCUCCCCUCCUUCCCUGUUUUUAUCAGGCUUUCCCUCUGAGGGAUGUAGGGCUCUGGCACCAGAGCACUUCGCCCUUGGCGCUGUGCCCAGCACGCCCCCCUUUUUAUACGAAUGUUUUUAUACCAGUGUGCUUGGGGUUGCCGUGAUGCAGGGCUAAGCUGCUGUGGCAUCCUGCUUCCCUCCCCAGCUCUGCAUCCCCGCCCUCGUGCCUGACAAAGCCAGUUCCUUGUUUUCUCGUGAUUGCACAGGACAGCCAGGGAGGGAGGCGGCCUGGCCCCGGGAGGUGGGUGGGAGGCAGGGGGCAGGCCUGGGCAUGGAUGAAAUAAUGUCGGCAUUAUUUUUUAAUUUUUUAAAAAAUAAAUGGUCUCUUAUUUAAUUGUCCUGUUCCUUCCCACUCCCCCGCCCCCUGGGAUGUCAGCCUGAGCUGGGGGUAGGCCCCCGGGGGCUGGAGGGAUUGGAGGGAUGGAGCCGCCGCUGGGGCUGGGCCAGAGGGCCUUCGGUAUGGCUUCUCAGCUCCCACCUCAACUCCUACCUCCAUUGUCUAUUUUUAUCCCUAAUUCUUGACCUGAAAAUAAGCCAGGGUGGCAGGGACCAGACCCCAAGCCCUCCCUAGUGACAAGCCCCUUUUCGGGAUGGGCACAGUGCUGCCCAAGAUGGGCCCUAGGAAUGAACUCCCCUGCCUUGGGGGGGGGUCCUGGGUGGGAGAGUGGUCCCACUUUCUGGAUCCCCUGGCUUGGUGCCUGCCUGGAGGCCAUUUCUCCUGGGGCCUGAGGACUGCCUGGUCCCCCCAAGCCUGCUGGGAGGCUGCUUGGGCCAGAAAGUGGGCCGGGACCUCAGCACAGACCUGGGGGUUCUCACAGCAGGGGCUCCCUUGGUGCCAAGUGCAGGCGGGAACAGUUGCCUUGGACCUGGCCCCCUCUCCUCUCCUCUCCAUCCCCCACCCACCAGGUGAGCCAGCCCCUGUGUCACGUGUACAUACUGUGCCUUUUCUCGUUAUUGUUUAGGGGUGGGGGGGUGGUUUUUUCACUGGAAAGGGGGAUACGCCUAUGGCUUCCUUGAUGUGGAAUCAUUCACUGUGUCCUGGAUGUGGGUUAUUCAAUAAACACAGAUCGGUACCACCCAGUA